AAAGUGAUUAAGAACUUUUGGUGGAAUGUAUAAAAAUAUAAAAAUGAUAUCGUGAAAUCGCUCUUCCAUGAACAUCUGAAAUACGGCAUUUGGUCACGAAACCAACACGAAACUUUAGUGUGUGCUUCUUUCGUUUCUAAACGAACUGUUGUACGUCUAAGUUCGGCUGUCAAAAUAUAAAAAUGAUCGAAGAAACGCGAAAAAAAACUUUUUUAGGUUUUGAUUUUAGUACGCAAAGGUUAAAAGCAGUGGUGAUCGGUGAAGAUUAUGUUGUGCAGCAAGAAGCAGAUGUUGAAUUUGACAAUGAUUUGCCAGAGUUCAGGACUUCUGGUGGAGUGGUGCGUGGAGAGAGGGGAGAGGUGACAGCACCUACAUUACUAUGGGUCAAAGCACUGGAUAUGGUGAUGGAUCGACUGGUAGUGGCUGGUGUUGAUUUCUCUUCCAUUGAAGCUCUUUCUGGUGCAGCACAGCAACAUGGGUCAGUAUGGUGGGCUAAAGGUUCAGAAUCUAAACUGAGUAGUCUGUCAUCCGAUGAAUUCCUGCACACUCAGCUGGCAACAGCUUUUGUUGUUGAUUCUCCCGUAUGGAUGGAUUCUAGUACUACCACUGAUUGUAGAGCUCUUGAAGAGGCUGUGGGAGGGCCGGAGGAGUUAGCUAAGAUAACGGGAUCAACAGCGUAUGAGCGUUUCACAGGCUCUCAGAUCCGUAAGAUGUACCGCACAAGAGAGAGAGCCUAUCACGCUACGGAGAGAAUAUCCCUGAUCUCAUCCUUUGCAUGCUCACUAUUCCUCGGGAAGAUAGCACCGAUUGACCUCUCUGAUGGUUCCGGAAUGAAUCUCCUAGAUAUUCAUACUAAGAAAUGGUGUGAAAAAGCUUUGAAGGCAUGUGGUGAUGACACAUUGGAGAGUAAACUAGGAGCUCCCGUACCGACGUGGUCAGCGUUGGGGAACAUAUCUCCCUACUAUGUGCAGCGGUAUGGCUUCAAAUCGGAUUGCAAAGUGGUGGCAUUCACCGGAGAUAAUUGUUCUGCCUUAGCUGGGCUUCGCCUCCGUUCUGGGUGUGUGGGGCUCAGCCUGGGAACCAGCGAUACUUUGCUGCUGGGUCUGAGCACAGCGGGUGCUCCGCCCGCCGGCCACGUGCUGGUGGGGCCGACUGCGGAGGUACCCUACAUGGCGCUACUCUGCUUCGCCAACGGCUCCUUGACGCGCCAGCUCCACCGCGACCGCCUCGCUGGAGACAGCUGGGACGCCUUCAGUGAACUGCUCAGAGCCACUGUUAGAGGAAAUAUGGGUUACAUGGGUAUCUACUACGAGACGGCGGAGAUAGUGCCGCGCGCGGGGGCGGGGCGCUGGGUGGUGUCGGGGGCGGGCGCGGGGGCGGAGCGCCCUCCGCCGCAGUUCGAGGCGCGCGCGCUGCUGGAGGGGCAGGCGCUCGCGCGCCGCGCGCACGCCGAGGACAUGGGCUUCCAACUAGAGUCGUCGUCCCGUGUGGUGGCGACGGGCGGCGCCUCCGUCAACAAGGAGCUGCUGCAGAUCUUCGCUGAUGUUUUCAACACGCCUGUGUAUGUACAGGAGGAGCACGGUAACGCGGCGCUGCUCGGGGCCGCGAUACGCGCUGCGGAAGUGUGGAGCGAACUUACCGGAGUUAACUUAACUGGCUCGGAACCGACAUUAACGCCCGUGGCCACCCCCUACCCUGAUAGCGAGAAGAUAUACACCCCCAUGCUGGCCCGGUACCGCCGCAUGAUACAAGAUAUACCUAAACUGCAAUAAACUAGCAUAUCAUAGAAAUGUAGUCUAAUUCAAGAAAUGAGAAAUUUUACUAUCGACUGCGCAAAAUUAAAAAAAAAUCCAAUGGUUUUUUUUUUUAAAUCUACUAAAAGUAGAUUUUUUAAUAUUUUCAAUAUAAACAAAAAGGUAAAAUUUAACUAUCUCAUGUGAAAUUUCAUAUUUCAUCUGAAUUCGUCUAUAAACGCUUAUAAAACUCACGUAGACUUAACAUUUUGAAAUAAUAAUCCGAAUGUUGUGUAUUGUAUAGACCCUGUCUAUUUACAUGUGAAAAAACAUUAUCGUUCCUCUUAAAAACAUGUUUUUGUAAAUGUUUCGUCAGUGGAAACAGAUGUAUAAUAUAGUCUUCCAGUAACACAUAAAAAAGUUACACAAUUAAGUGCAAUUAGUUUAUACAAAAAAUAAUUUUAAAAGUAUAAAAAAUCAGCACUUUUUACACUGCGGGCCUCAGCUUAAACACCCCUGUUAUUCAAUAAUUGUAGAACCAAAUAUACAAUUUAAAAAAUCAACAUAAAAACAUAAAAAAUAUUUUAUAUAUAGCAAAAUUGCAUUCCAUUUAAUUUAAGGAAGUUUUUAUAAGUGCAAUUUUUUUACUUAAAAAUGUUAAGUUUGACUUAACGCAGGGAUGAUCUGAUUAAAGUUUUUUUUUUAACUAAUGUAAUAAAUAAUUAUUUUUUUACAAUUCCCUAAACAUUUAUGUUUAAUUCUCAAUUUAUAUUCCAGUGAAAUCUAAAAAUCACAGAUCUCUUAAAACAUUCCUUUUUAUAGAGACUUUUUAUACUUUUUUAUUUUGUUAAAAGAUUUUGUUGUUUUUUGUCGCAUUCUUUAUUUUUGUUAAUCUGUUUUUAAGUUUUUUUUCUUUAAAGCGAAAUAUUGACUAAAAGACGUUUUGUUAAAAUGUACAAUUUUUCUUAAUAUCAGCUAUGAUUUACAAAUUUCAAUUAUGUGACAAUUGUGAUAACAAAACUGGUCUCAUUUCAAUAGAAAAUUGUGUUAAAUACUUUGUUAAUCCUUAAAUGCAUAUUGUUGCCAAAAGUCUACGAACAAAAGUGUAUGAAACCAAGAGUUUUUAAAUUACUUUUCAUAAUCUGUGACUCAAAACCCAUAUUGAAAUUUUAAUUUCGUAAUUAAAUAAAACAUCAUGCAAUUAACGGUUAAUAUAGUAAAGAACAGUUAGAAUGAGAAGCAUAGACCAUGAGAAAAUUAUUUUAUAUUUUAAAAUCAUCAGUAAAAAAUGUUAUUGAAAUAAAGAAAUUAACAUAUCAAUGUAUUUUUCAAUAAUUAGAGCUGGUGCUAAAUUCGCUAUUUUGACGUAAAAUAGAUAUGUAUUAUAAAUUUUUGUACACUUUUAUAAUUAU